AUGAGAGGCGCUCGCGGUGCCUGGGAUCUUCUCUGCGUCCUGGUGGUCCUGCUCCGUGGCCAGACAGGAACUUCUCAGCCAUCUGCGAGUCCAGGGGAGCCAUCUCCACCAUCCAGCCAGCCAGCGCAAUCAGAGUUAAUAGUUGAGGCUGGCGACACCCUCAGGCUGACAUGCGUUGAUCCCGCCUUUGUCAAAUGGACUUUUGAGAUCUUCGAUGAAGUGAUUGAGAGUAAACACAAUGAAUGGGUUCAGGAAAAAGCCGAGGCCACUCAAACAGGCAAAUACACAUGCAUCAACAGCAGUGGCCUCAGGAGAUCCAUUUACGUGUUUGUUAGAGAUCCUGCUGUACUUUUCCUGGUUGGCCUUCCCUUGUUUGGCAAAGAAGACAGCGACGCGCUGGUCCGCUGCCCUCUGACAGACCCACAGGUGUCCAGUUAUUCCCUCAUUGAGUGUGAUGGGAAAUCUCUCCCUACGGACCUGACGUUUGUCCCAAACCCCAAGGCUGGCAUCACCAUCAAAAACGUGAAGCGAGCCUACCACAAGCUGUGUGUCCGGUGUGUUGCCCAGCGUGAGGGCGUAUGGAUUCGGUCUGAGAAGUUCACCCUCAAAGUGAGGGCAGCCAUCAAGGCUAUCCCAGUUGUAUCUGUGCCCCAAAGAAGCCAUCUCCUUAAAGAAGGGGACACAUUUACGGUGAUAUGCACCAUAAAAGAUGUGUCUACUUCUGUGGGCUCCAUGUGGAUAAAGAUGACCCCUCAGCCUCAGAUCCAAGCCCAGGUAAAGCACAAUAGCUGGCAUGUGGGUGACUUCAAUUACGAACACCAAGAGACUCUGACUAUCAGCUCGGCAAGGGUUAACGACUCUGGAGUGUUCAUGUGUUAUGCCAAUAAUACUUUUGGAUCAGCAAAUGUCACAACAACCUUGAAAGUAGUAGAAAAAGGAUUCAUCAACAUCCUCCCUGUGAAGAACACUACGGUAUUCGUAACCGAAGGAGAGAAUGUAGAUCUGGUUGUUGAAUACGAAGCCUACCCCAAACCCGAGCACCAGCAGUGGAGAUAUAUGAACAGGACCUCCACCAACAAAGGGGAGGAUUUCGUCAAACCCGAUAACAAAAGUAACAUCAGAUAUAUGAACGAGCUUCACCUGACCAGACUGAAAGGCACAGAAGGAGGCACUUACACCUUUCUGGUGUCCAACUCUGAUGCCAGUGCUUCCGUGACAUUUAAUGUUUAUGUGAACACAAAACCAGUAAUCCUGACAUAUGACAGGCUCAUGAAUGGCAUGCUCCAGUGUGUGGCAGAGGGAUUCCCGGAGCCCAAGAUAGAUUGGUAUUUUUGUACAGGGGCAGAGCAAAGGUGUACCGUUCGUGUCCCACCAGUGGAUGUACAGAUCCAGAAUGUAUCUGUGUCACCAUUUGGAAAGCUGGCGGUCCAGAGUUCCAUAGACUCCAGUGUCUUCCGGCACAAUGGCACAGUGGAGUGUAAGGCCUCCAACGGUGUGGGCAAGAGUUCCGCCUUCUUUAACUUUGCAUUUAAAGAGCAAAUCCAGGCCCACACCCUGUUCACACCGCUGCUCACUGGCUUUGUGGCCGCAGCUGGCGUGAUGGGGAUCAUUCUGAUGGUUCUCACCUACAAAUAUUUGCAGAAACCCAUGUAUGAAGUACAAUGGAAGGUUGUCAAGGAGAUAAAUGGAAACAAUUAUGUUUACAUAGACCUGACACAACUUCCUUAUGAUCACAAAUGGGAGUUUCCCAGAAACAGGCUGAGUUUUGGAAAGACGUUGGGCACUGGUGCCUUCGGGAAGGUCGUUGAGGCCACUGCGUAUGGUAUGUAUAUGUAUGGUACGUAUGCUGCCAUGACAGUUGCCGUGAAGAUGCUCAAACCAAGCGCCCAUCUCACGGAAAGGAAGGCCCUGAUGUCAGAACUGAAGGUCCUGAGCUACCUGGGCAAUCACAUGAAUAUUGUGAACCUCCUCGGAGCAUGCACCGUGGGCGGGCCCACCCUGGUCAUUACAGAAUAUUGUUGCUAUGGUGAUCUUUUGAAUUUUUUGAGAAGAAAACGCGAUUCGUUUAUUUUCUCAAAGCAAGAAGAGCAGGCAGAAACAGCACUUUAUAAGAACCUUCUACAUGCAAAGGAGUCUUCCUGUGACAGUUCAAAUGAGUAUAUGGACAUGAAACCUGGUGUUUCCUAUGUCAUGCCAACCAAGACAGACAAAAGGAGAUCCACAAGAGUAGACUCGUAUAUAGAGAGAGACGUGACUCCUGCCAUCAUGGAAGAUGACGAGCUGGCUUUGGACCUGGAAGAUUUGCUGAGCUUCUCCUACCAGGUGGCCAAGGGCAUGGCGUUCCUCGCCUCCAAGAACUGUAUUCACAGAGAUUUGGCAGCCAGGAAUAUCCUCCUCACUCACGGGCGGAUCACCAAGAUUUGUGAUUUUGGUCUAGCCAGGGACAUCAGGAAUGAUUCGAAUUACGUGGUGAAAGGGAAGCCCGUGAAGUGGAUGGCACCGGAAAGCAUUUUCAACUGCGUGUACACAUUUGAAAGUGAUGUCUGGUCCUAUGGGAUUUUCCUCUGGGAACUAUUCUCUUUAGGAAGCAGCCCCUACCCAGGGAUGCCGGUCGAUUCCAAGUUUUACAAGAUGAUCAAGGAAGGUUUCCGGAUGCUCAGUCCAGAGCACGCACCUGCCAAAAUGUAUGAUGUCAUGAAGACUUGCUGGGAUGCUGAUCCCCUUUUGAAAAGGCCGACAUUCAAGCAGGUUGUUCAGCUCAUUGAGAAGCAGAUCUCGGACAGCACGAAGCUUAUUUACUCCAACUUAGCAAACUGCAGCCUCAACCCAGAGAACCCUGUGGUGGUGGAUCACUCUAUGAGGGUCAACUCCGUCGGCAGCAGCGCCUCUUCCACGCAGCCUCUGCUAGUGCACGAAGAUGUCUGA